AUGGUCCAGACUGAGUCGGAGGCCUCUUCAUCGCGUCAACCCUCUGCAGAGAAGAUAGCAGAGAAAUACGCCACCGGCAACUGCAGCGUUAAACUUGGCCGCUCUUCUGAAGCUUCUAGCAAAGUUGAGGACGGCGAGGGCCACCACCACCACCAUCAUCAUCAUCACCAUGUUGGCGCUGGUGCUGGUGAACGCCCUUACGCGGACACACACGAGCACAUAAUCAGCACAGGCCAAGACGUUUCACGGUAUUUGGUUGAUGUUCGCGACGACGGGGAGACGGCGCUCACAUUUCGCUCGUUUGUCAUCGGCACAAUAUUUGCGGGGCUGGGGGCUACUCUGUCUCAGAUAUACAACUUCAAGCCAGUCCAGACGGCGGUUUCGGUAACUUUCCUGCAAUUACUAGUUUAUAGCACCGGUCUUCUCUGGGCGGCUUUUUUACCGCGGGCAUCCUGGGUAGAAGGAAAUCGACUGGCAUCCCUGGCUCCACUCCUUUCGUUCAUUAAUCCGGGACGAUUCACACUCAAGGAGCAUGCCGUUGCAUCAAUAAUUGCUGCGACCGCUGCCACCACCAGUGGUGCUAUCUACAACUUCGCGGUCCAGCGCCUCUUUUACAGUACGAACGUGGAUGCUGCGACUGCGGUAUUGGCUGCAUUUUCUGCAGGUAGUUUUGGUUAUGGCCUAGUAGGAUUAUUCCGGCCUUUCACUGUGUAUCCUAGUGAGAUGGUUUACUGGCAUAACCUGCACACGAUCUCCAUCUUUCAAACUCUCCACUUCAACACCGCUGAUAACCGCAAGAAACUACGGCUUUUCUGGGCAGCUUUUGUUGGCAUGUUUAGCUACGAAUUCCUCCCAGCGUACAUCUUCCCCACCCUAAACGGAGUCAGUGUUUUCUGUCUUGCAUCCCAACGGGCGUCAAGGCCGGUUCGGGAUCUCUUCACAAAUCUCUUUGGUGGUGCCAACGCCAACGAAGGUUUAGGGCUGCUGAAUAUAAGUUUCGAUUGGCAGUAUAUUGGAUCCAAUCCUAUGUAUCUGCCAUUGGUACAGCAGGUAAAUGCCUGGGUCGGCUUUGCGUUCUGCUAUAUCGCUAUUAUGGCGAUAUACUAUUCCAACCUCUGGAACUCUAGAGCAUUCCCCAUGCUAUCCUCCUCCAUAUUCUCCUCUAACGGCUCAGUGUACAAUCAAAGCGCCGUGUUCGGCCCUUCCUUUACUUUAAACCGCACGGCCCUCAAUGAAGUAGGUUUGCCUGCUUUGACUGGAUCCAAUGCUUGGCAUGGUUUAACUGCAAACCUUUCAAUUGGCGGUCUUCUCGCUCACUGUAUCUUAUUCUGGGGUUCGGAGGUCGUUGAUACUUUCAAAUCCAAAGGAGCGUCCAGACUGGACCGUCAUUACCGAGCCAUGCAAAAAUACAGGGAAGCCCCUUGGUGGUGGUUCGUCAUUCUGCUUGGAGUUUCGUUUGUGUCCGGUCUCGCUGUUGUGAUCAGAGGGCAAACCACCGUUGCCUGGUGGAGUUAUAUCAUCGCCCUCAUAUUGGGGAGUGUCGUUGCCCCAUUCUCCAUCCUUCUUACUGCGAGACUCGGGCAUGGUGUGUACACAAGCCAACUCAUGAAAAUGAUUGCAGGUGUUCUGCAGCCUGGAAAACCAGUUGCGAACUUAUAUUUCUCCAUGUGGAGUCACGAAGUAAUCAUGACGUCCCUCCAUCUAUCGUCUGAUCUCAAGAUGGGUCAAUAUCUCAAAAUCCCCCCCAGAGUUAUGUUCGCAGCGCAGCUAUGGGGAACUUGCCUAGGCGCUGCAAUCAACUAUAUCGUGAUGGUUUCUAUCGUCGAUUCACAGAGAGACGUACUCUUACGACCGAAUGGUUCGAAUGUGUGGAGUGGCCAAUCGGUACAAAUGUUGAACAGCGCGGCUGUCACCUGGUCACUGGCGAAGGACCUAUAUGGUUUCAAAGGGCCCUACUGGAUAGUGCCCAUGAGUCUAUUACUUGGGACGAUACCUACUUGCGUGCAGUGGCUUCUUUGGAAGAGAUGGCGUAAGAUUGGUCCUAUUCCGUUGGAUAAAGUUGUACUGCCGAUCAUUUACAUGUACUCGGCUUGGAUGUCUGUGGGUGUGACAUCCACCAUCACCUCAAGCAUCAUUAUUGGGCUUAUUUCUCAACUCUGGGUUCGCAAAUCGUACCCUCGUUGGUACAACAAAUACAAUUACAUCUUGGGUGGCGCUCUGAACGGCGGGGCUCAGGUUAUGGUCUUCGUGCUGUCCUUUGCUGUCUUCGGCGCCGCUGGUCGUGAACACCCAUUCCCUCAUUGGGCAGGGAACCCCGCAACCGGCCACGUCGACCAUUGUAAUGGGAAUGGAGCUUCAAGCAGGCGAAUUAAACAUUACCCUCAUAAAUAA